ACUGAGAGGCCCGGGAUGGGAGAACCGGGUCUGGGUCAGACUCCAGGGGUUCCUGUUCUAACCAGAACCAGCCGGUCAGGCCUUCAGAACCACGGUCAGGCCCCGGGUGAGAAGUGCAUCUUCGGCCAGCAGGGGGCGCCGCCGCACGGCGAACCGCUGCUGUGACCUCAGAGCAGCGUCACCGCCGUUGCCGUGGCGACCGGGAGGCUGAGUUUCAGAGAAAGAGGAAGAAGAGAAGGAGGAAGGAGGAAGGAAGUGAGGCGGCUGAUCAGCAGAAGCCUCCGAGCAGGAGAGGAGAGGAUCAACCGUCCCCGCUGUCCACCUGCUGCGCUGCCCCACCUGUCCCACCUGUCCCACCUGUCCCCGGGGAAGAUGUCCUCCCGCUCGGACACAAAGUCAGCCUCACAGAUCGCGUUUUUCACCAUGAAACUGAAGGAUAAGCUCCACCCACAGCGGAUCAGACGCUCUGACCCGAUCAAGCACACCCCAACAGAACGGGUCAAGCCACCGGACCUGAACCUGACCCGGAACCAGUCGGAGGGCGUGUUCGUGGAUCAGGAGCGGGCUGUUGUCAGCUCCCUGCAGUACUUCAAAGCUCUGGUGGACAGACUGGGACUGGACAGACCUGGAGGGGACAAACUGGUCCUGGACCAGUCCAUGGUGGGCGGCCUGCUGGGCGGAGCUUCCAGUGGGAUCCUGGAGGCGGUCCAGACGCUGGUCCAGCUGGAACCUCGCCUUCUAAACAGUAAGACCGUCUCAGCCUGUCUCGCUCGUCUCUACCGCUCUGUGGCUCAGCUGAUUCGCUGGGUCGAUCAGGUGAUGCUGCAGGGCGUGUCCCAGGACAAGGAGGAGUCUUCAGAGAGCGUCACCACGGUGAUCAGGGGCGUGCUGAACGGUGCCAAGGAACUGGUUCGAUUGGUUGCAGAGAGACGAGAAGGCUCCGCCCCCUUGACUCCUGUUCAGACAGAUUCAGGGGGGUUUAAUGAGAAGGAGACGUCAGAUGGGACAUCAGCCUGCAGGACUCCUUCAGACGAGGACCAGGUUCGAGGGACGGGGACUCAGAGGGAGGAGCCUGUGAUACUGGCUCCACCGAAACCCCCGAUGCCCGUCCCUGAGCUCCUCCCUCCGGCGGCGCCCCCUCUGGAGCCGACGUUCAGUCCUCCUGCUUUGCCUCCUAAAAGGCGCCAGACUCCGCCGGCCCCUGUCCCCGCCCACUGCAGGGUCGCCAUAGUAACGCCAAUGAUCCGGGAGCCCAGAGAAGAGACGCAGGUCGAGCAGGACGACUGCAGCUGGAAGCGUCUUUCCUCUUCAUCUGCAGAGUCUGCAGCCAACACCUCGCACUGUGAGGACGAUCCGGACUACGACUUUCUCCACACUGACCUGUCCUCCUCCGAGAAGCUCCCCCCUCUGCCCCCCGGCUCCACCCUGCCGCCCGCCCUGCCAGAGAAGAGACGUCGCAGCACCGCAGGUAUUCCCAGUCCUCAGAACACCUCCUUUGGAUUCAGCUCCUCCCACCUGGACGCCACGCCCGCCCAAAGUGAUGAUGUCACAGACCACGAAGCCCCCCUGCCCUCGCCCCUGUCCCCCAGCAAGACCCCCCCUCCCCUCCCCGAGAAGAAACGACACAUCCAUCAGUACCUCCAGUUCUGUUCCACCUACACCGACCAGUCUGCGGUCUUGUUCUACCAGAAGUAUAAAGUCAGACAGCGAGAUCAAGACUCCGCCCCCCAGCAGGCUCACCUGGCAACAGACUCCGCCCCCUCUGCAGAGCCAUUUCCUGCCCCCGCCUUACCACCCAAGAAGAAACAGCAGGAUACUGACGCACAAAGUGAGGAGAACGACGACAGGUUACCGGAUGACCAGCAGGAGGCAGACUUCAGCGAGAGAAGCAGCGGGGAGGACAUACAGGAGCUCCUACUGACUGACCCGAUAGAGAUCCUCCACAGAACCACCAUGAAGUCUGAGGAGGAGGAGGGACCGGAGGUGAAGGCUGCGUCUCCUGACAUCCUUCUGGUCCGAGCCACAGAGUCCAGCAGCAGAGAACAGGACCAGUACCAAGAGGCCUUCCUCUGCACCUACAGGGGCUUCCUUAAACCAAGUGACAUCAUCAGCAAACUGCAGCACAGGUACAGAAACCUGAGAGAAGGAAGCCCUGCAGACCUGACAGCCUCCAAGAACACCUUCCAGCUGCUGGUCAGAGCGGUGAACGACCUCAGUGCAGUGGAGCUGGAGUCUGAUUUGCUGCUGCUGCUGACAGACCUGGUGUUCAGUCUUCUGAUUGGUGGAGAGCUAGGCAUGGCCCACCAGCUGCACUCCAACAUCCUGUCCAAGAUGGAGAAGAAGUGGAAACUGAUCGGCUCCCCUUUGUCUCUCCGGCCUCUGGCUGCCAAGGGCGUAGCUGCUAGACCGGGAACUCUGCUGGACUUCAGGAGUCAGGAUUUAGCGGAACAGCUGACUCUGCUGGACUCAGACCUCUUCUGCAAGAUUGAGCUCCCAGAGGUGUUGCUGUGGUCCAAAGAACAGAAUGAGGAGAGGAGUCCACACCUGACGGCUUUCACGCAGCACUUCAACAACGUUUCCUUCUGGGUUCGUUCUGUCAUCAUCCUUCAGGACAAACCUCAGGACAGGGAGAAGCUACUGCUGAAGUUCCUGAAGGUCAUGAAGCACCUGAGGAAGCUGAACAACUUCAACUCCUACCUGUCCAUCCUGUCUGCCCUAGACUCCGCCCCUCUGCGCCGUCUGGACUGGCAGAGGAACACGUCUGAGACUCUGGAGGAGUUCAGCUCCCUGAUCGACAGCUCGUCGUCCUUCAGGGCCUACAGAGCAGCGCUGGCUGAGGUGGAGCCGCCCUGUAUACCCUACCUGGGCUUAAUCCUGCAAGACCUGACCUUUGUCCACCUGGGCAACCCUGACACCUUGACGACAUCCCAGGGUCAGCAGGUGAACUUCUCCAAAUGUUGGCAGCAGUUCAACAUCCUGGACACUCUGAGGAGCUUCCAGCAAGUGCGGUACUCGCUGCAGCGGGACGACGACAUCGUGUCGUUCUUCAAUGACUUCAGCGACCACCUGGCGGAGGAGGCGCUCUGGGAACUCUCCCUCAGGAUCCGCCCGAGGAACGCUCCUCGAACCAAUCAGAAAUGAGCUGGGGAGGAGCAGCGGCCAAUCAGGAAGCAGGAAGACUGCAGCUAACCUUGGCACUGACAGGAUUGACCCGCGGUGACCUGGAAGAAAACCUGUUUCCUGCAGAACGUGCAACACAGGCUUCAUACACCUGGUGCUGACCUGAAAAUGAGCCGGUACCAAAGUGGACCGGUGCCGGCAGGAUUCUCACAUGUGGGUCUGUGGGCGUGGCCUCUUCCACUCAGACUGGGUCUCAUCAGUGUUUGAAGUGAAGAUGUUCUGUUCUGUGGUCCAGAUGUUGACCACAGAUGUUGAAAAUGUGUUUUAAUCUUCUCGCCGCCACUCUGCUGAGACAGCACUACUCACCUGCAAACACACCUGAGCUCACCUGAGCUCACCUGAGCAGCUUCGACAGAAAGGCGGCGCUGGAGCCUUCAGCUGGUCGGGCUGCGCUGAGCGGUUCUGGAUCUGUUCAGGAUGAUUAGGAUCAUUGAGUUUCCUGAGGCCGAGCAGCAGCAGCAGCCCGGCUGGAUGAAGGAACCGUGUCCACGUCCAUCAGGAGGUUCUCUGUCCUCCGGUUCCACCUGAGCUGGUGGUUCAGCCCAGAACCUGAUGAGCAGGAGGGGAGCAGCACCUGGACUCUGACUGUGAAUCCAUCCGCUGGGGCAACGGCAGACUCUGGUCCGACUCCACCAGAACCAGAAUGAAGGGGGGCGGGUCAGGAUGGAGGACCAAGCUUUCCGGGACAGGUUCUCACACCUGGAGGCGCACACAUGAACACACACCUGAGCACACCCAGGUAAUACACUAAACGGCAGGUGAGGUGUGAGGAGCUCCAGCGGUGGACUGAGCUCUGGACUCCAGCAGAGCGUUCUGUAGGACAGCAGCUGUGUAAAUAAACGAUGGAAGCAGAGAAA